GUCCCGGCCGGCGCCAGCAUGGGGGCAGCCGGCGCCGCCGCCUUCUUCGCCCUGCUGGCGGCGUCCUCGCUUCUCCCCUCCGGCGCCGCAGGGGAAAUGGAGAUACCAGAUUCUGAUGAUCCAUUAGGUCAAAUGGAUGGGCAUGAGAGACCAGUUCCAACUCACAAAGGUUACUUUUUGACCUUUUUGGAACCAGUAAACAAUAUCACCAUAGUCCAGGGCCAGACGGCGAUCCUUCACUGUAAAGUUGCAGGGCAUCCAUCACCCAAUGUCAGAUGGCUGAAAAACGAUGCGCCCGUGGUUCAAGAACCAAGGAGGAUCAUCAUAAGGAAAACAGACUAUGGCUCCCGAUUAAGAAUCCAAGAUCUUGACACAACCGACACUGGCUACUAUCAGUGCGUGGCCACUAAUGGGAUGAAGACAAUAACUGCAACAGGAGUUCUCUUUGUAAGGCUGGGUCCAACACACAGCCCAAAUCACAAUUUUCAUGAAGAUUAUCAUGAAGAUGGGUUUUGCCAACCAUACAGGGGAGUUGCUUGUGCUCGAAUCAUUGGAAACCGAACCAUUUAUGUGGACUCCCUCCAAAUGCAAGGGGAAAUCGAAAACCGGAUUACUGCUGCAUUUACUAUGAUUGGCACAUCCACCCAUUUAUCUGAUCAGUGUUCUCAGUUUGCCAUCCCGUCUUUCUGUCAUUUCGUGUUUCCUCUGUGUGAUGAACGCUCUCGGACCCCUAAACCAAGAGAGCUCUGUCGGGACGAGUGUGAAGUUCUGGAGAAUGACCUCUGUAGGCAGGAAUACAACAUUGCUAGGUCUAAUCCGCACAUUCUGGUGCAGCUCCAGCCACCUAAAUGUGAAGACUUGCCACUGCCAGACACUUUAGAGGCUGCCAAUUGCAUAAAAAUUGGAAUACCUGUAGAGCGGCUCAACAGAUAUCACCAGUGUUACAACGGCUCUGGAGUGGAUUACAGAGGAACUAUCAGUGUUACCAAGUCAGGUCACAAUUGUCAGUAUUGGGACUCUCAACAUCCCCAUCCCCACAGUUUGACAAGUACAGAAUUUCCUGAGCUUGGAGGAGGACAUGCAUAUUGUCGCAAUCCUGGUGGUCAGAUGGAAGGUCCCUGGUGUUUUACACAAAACAAAAACGUACGCAUGGAACUGUGUGAAAUACCUUCUUGUAGUCCGCGUGACAGCAGCAAAAUGGGGAUCCUCUAUAUCCUGGUUCCCAGCAUAGCCAUCCCUUUGGUUAUUGCCUGCCUUUUCUUCUUGGUAUGCAUGUGCAGGAACAAGCAGAAGGCCUCUGCUGCCAUUCCACAGCGUCGCCAACUUAUGCCCUCUCCUAGCCAAGACAUGGAAAUGCCUCUUAUAAAUCAACACAAACAGGCUAAACUAAAAGAAAUCAGUCUUUCCACUGUGAGAUUUAUGGAGGAACUAGGUGAGGAGAAGUUCGGCAAAGUUUAUAAGGGUCACCUGUUUGGUACAACUCCUGGGGAACAAACUCAAACUGUUGCCAUCAAAACACUCAAGGAUAAAGCAGACUUAACUCUUCGUGAAGAAUUUAAGCAUGAAGCAAUGAUGCGGUCGAGAUUGCAGCACCCAAAUAUAGUUUGCUUGCUAGGAAUAGUGACCAAAGAACAGCCCAUCAGUAUGGUUUUUAGCUAUUGCUCCCAUAGUGAUCUCCAUGAGUUCCUGGUUAUGCGAUCUCCCCAUUCGGAUGUUGGCAGCACCGACGAUGACAAGACAGUGAAAUCUACUUUGGAGCCAGCAGAUUUUUUUCACAUUGUGACUCAGAUAGCAGCUGGAAUGGAAUAUUUGUCAAGCCACCAUGUUGUCCAUAAAGAUUUAGCCACGAGAAAUGUGCUGGUGUUUGACAAGCUCAAUGUGAAAAUAUCUGAUUUAGGUCUUUUCAGGGAAGUUUAUUCUGCUGAUUAUUAUAAAUUAAUGGGAAAUACUCCACUCCCUAUACGAUGGAUGUCCCCUGAGGCAAUCAUGUAUGGCAAGUUUUCCGUUGAUUCUGACAUCUGGUCCUAUGGAGUGGUGUUGUGGGAGAUCUUCAGCUAUGGUUUGCAGCCGUACUGUGGCUACUCUAAUCAGGAUGUCAUUGAGAUGAUAAGAAACCGACAGGUUUUGCCAUGUCCUGACGACUGCCCCGCAUGGAUAUACUCUCUGAUGUUAGAAUGCUGGAAUGAGUUUCCUAACAGAAGAUCCAGAUUUAAAGACAUCCACAACAGACUGAGAACAUGGGGAAACCUCUCUAAUUACACCAGCUCUGCGCAAACAUCUGGUGCAAGCAACACCACACAAACCAGUUCCCUCAGCACAAGCCCUGUUAGUAAUGUCAGCAACACUAGGUACGUUGGGCCAAAACAAAAAACACAAGGUUUCCCUCAGCCACAGUUCAUACCAAUGAAAGGACAGAUAAGACCUAUGGUCCCGCCUCCUCAGCUGUACAUUCCAGUCAAUGGUUACCAACCAAUGCCAGGCUAUGGAGCCUAUCUGCCAAAUUUUUACCCAGUCCAAAUCCCAAUGCAGAUGGCUCCUCAGCAGAUGGCUCCUCAGAUGAUCCCGAAGCCAGGAUCUCAUCACAGCGGAAGUGGUUCCACAAGUACAGGAUACGUAACAACAGCCCCCUCCAAUGCCUCUGUGGCUGACAGGGCAGCUCUGCUGUCAGAAGGUACAGAUGAUGUACAUAAUGUAGAGGAUGUUGCUCAGAGUCUGGUUCAGGAAGAGGAAGAAGAGGAAGGCUCAGUGCCUGAAACAGAAUUAUUGGGUGAUAAUGACACUGUUCAGAUGGACGAGACAGAGUUUCAGUCAGAAGCCUAAGAGAGUUGUCUUAUUACACAUGCAACAUUGGACAUUUCUUCAAGAUGGCUGGAGACUGUAGUCCUGACUUGCAUAAUUCACGUUUUUCUUUGCCCUCCUAGGCACACCUACUAAUCCAAGACCACAUAAAAUGCAGCAAUAAUGAUAUACCGUGUUUAUGCACCAUAAUUUCCGGCAGAUGUUUGUAAACAUGAAGAUAUAGAAUUGCUGUGUUGAAAUCUAUAGCUGACUACAGUUCUUGCAGGGAGGCUGCUUUUAUAAUAUACUGUUGCUGUGCAACAUAUAGUGGGAAUGCAUUGCACAUCAUGUAUAUCUUGAUCUUUGAUUGUAAUUUUUAAUGAAUUCUGGUUAAAUUG